AUGGCAGACACACCCGUUCAUUUCUUCGACGUCGAGUCGAAACUCCCAGACAACACAAAAGCAUGGUCCUUCAACACCAACAAAACCCGCCUCGUCCUUAACUACAAAAACAUCCCUUACACCCAAUCCUUCAUCUCCUACCCCGAAAUCACCCCCCUCCUCCGCUCCCUCCAAGUAACCUCCUAUCCCGAAGGUCCCUUCGCCUACACCCUCCCAGCAAUCUACCACCCUCCCUCCAUCCGCGUCGCAUCAGGCGCAAUGAUGGAUUCGCUCCCGAUCGCCCUCCACCUCGACCGCCUCUACCCCGAGCGCCCCCUCUGGCCCAACGGCGAUGCCAGCUACGCGCUCUCCCUAGCCGUGGGCAAACUAGUCAGCAACGCCGCGCUGAAGUCGCUGGUGCUGGUGAUCCCGCAUGUACCCAAGAUCCUCGACAAGAAGGGCCGCGAGUACUUUAUCAAGACGCGGUCGGCGAUGUUCGGGAAGCCGUUGUCGGAGCUCAGGCCUUCGGAUCCGGAUAGUCUGCGCGUGACUACGGAGAGUAUUAAGAGGGAGGUGGAGACGUUGGCACAGAUGCUGAGGGGGCGAUACGGGAAGAGUGGGCCGUUUUUUGAGGGGGAGAAUGCUAGUUAUGCGGAUUUCAUCCUGAUGGCGUAUUUGGCUUGGACGGAGAAAUUGGAUAAUCAGCUGUGGCGGGAGUUGAUGGGGAUUGGUCGUGGGGAGAUUAAGGCUUUGUGGGAUGCGUGUUUACCGUGGUUGUACGGGCAGGGUCAGACUACGAAGUGGAAAAUUUCGAAGUGA